AUGCAAGGUGAGGAUGGAGGUGGCAGCACUUACCCAGCUCUGCAGCUGGGUCUUGCUGACAAGUGGCAGCCCUUGGAGCAUCACGCAGACGUGCCCGUAGCUCAAGGCUCUCCAGCUUCCCAGAUGGACUCCAGGACUGAGGCUCUGGCAGAUGGCAUGGAUGUGCCCUCGCAGACGAAGCUUCUGGAGCCCAGCCAGGACCGGCGUCCACUGCAGCCCGGUUGGCUUGUCAGGGGGCCCCCGGGAGCAGCUCUCCCAGCUGAGGCAGGGAAGCCUUCCAUAAAGGCUGAGAAAGCGCUCAGGAAGCUGCUGCAGAGAGUGCACUGGCAAGCAGAUGAGGCUGGAGGACUCCCCACUUCUGCACCUGAUGAGCUGGAUCUUGGGGUGGAGACAGAGCCCACGGAGCAUGUGUCCACAGAGCCUUCCAUACCGCUCGAAAGGCUCAAGGAACUACUGGAGGAGCUGCAGAGAGGACGAGGUCUGGCCGACGAGAGGACGGCAGAUGCGGGCAGUGACAAGACGCCCCACAGGACAGAGUGUCCCCAACAGGUGCUGCACGACUGCAUGGUCGCCAUGGCUUCCAUCGCGGUCGCCGUGCCUGCCACCCUCCUGGUGUGCUACCUGGUGCUGAUGCGCCGCAGGAAGACACGAAAGGAAGCGAAAGCUGCGGCAGCAGCAGAGCAGGACCAGCUGAGAAGCCGCGACCAGCCCGGCAGCCCGAGCCAAAGGCAGGCACCGCAGCUGCACUCUGCGCCCGCACCGCAGCCCCCGAAUUCUCCGUCCUUCCGCAGCCCGCUCCUGCCGACCGCGCAGCCGGACGAGCAGCCUCAGAGUGCCCUCCGGCAGCCGCCGGACCCCUAUGCCGAUCGGACCCCACCAGCACGGCCGAGAUCGGCUGAGUUCCCGCCGCUCUCGCCCCCUGCCUCCCGCGACCCGACCUCCAAACCCCUUCCACCUCCUCCACGUCCCCCACGUCCCCCACCCCCUCCACCUCCCCUCCGCAGACUGUAACCGACCCUCAGGCUCCCCUUCCCGUUGUAAUAGGUAAUUGUAAUUGUUUAAUCAAGAAACAUUUUAGUAGUGUUAAGUAUGCCUAGCUGCAAACGGUAGUGUAGGUACAGCUGUUGUAAAUCAGGAAAUAUGCCUAACUGCAGAGCUCAUGCUAUAGAUGGUAAUGUGCAAAGAGUAAGCUAGCUAAUUGCUAAAAAUUCCAAGGACUAAGCUUUAGGUACAUCCUUAAUGUUGAGCUAAGAGAGAACAUGCCACAUGUGGGACUGGGGACAUUAAUCAGUCAUGUUCCAAGGACUAAGCUUUAAUUUUGAGAAGUGGGAUUCGGGACAUUAACCAGCCAAAGGAAGUCCAUAUUUGGAGACGGGUUAACCAGAGGACACCUGAGGAGGUCUGCUUACUUCAUCCUCAACGACCACCAGAAGGGAAGGAAGACCCUAACCCAAAAGAAGGAACAUGCACAGAAAGGAUGGAUUUAUGUAAUUUGCAGGGCAGAACAACGCAGACAACACAGUAUAAAUAUAGGCUGAUUGAGAGACUUGCCAGGGCAGUUGGCGGAGCGGUGACUCCCCUGUCGUCCAGCUCUGUAACUUUGCUCAUAUUCUACUUGCCUAAUUGAAUAAAUCUGUAAUCUGGACACUUGGA